CUGUAUGGCACCGUAUUUCGAUUUUAUUUCCGAAACAUUGUUACAGUUUUUAUACCAUUUUUCUUGCUCGCCUAUCUAAAUAUUCGUAUUGUUUCGACGCUCCGUGGGCAGCAGCGAACAGCAUCGCUUUUCAAGUUUCGAUGCAGUGAACACAAAGCAAGCAAAUUCAUUAUGAGUCAGGAACCAAGGAUAGGUGAUCUGGGAAAGAAGCGUAAGAUUCGGUCAGCGACUCGACUAACAGUGCUCAUUGUAUGCUCAUAUCUCAUGGCCAAUGUUCUCAAUGUAAUGAUUACCGCUUGGGAAUACAUUGAUUUCGAAUCUGCUCAAACAGAAGAAGCAUUC